UGAAGAAAUGUUUCAACUCCGGAAAACCAAUGUAGUAACCUAAACACAUUUAAUUCGUGUGAAGUCAUCGUUAUCUUCAGUUUCUUUGAAAGCAAUUGGUUGAAGUGACGCAAAACGGUAACAACAUGCUUCUCUAUUCAGUAUCAUCAAUUCUUUUUGCGUUGAAUGAAAUUCAUACGCAUGCAAAUGUUAAGGUAGUCGAGCUUCCAAACAAUGUAACAUUGACAGCAACAUACGCAAGUUUUAAAAAACAUGAAAAUGUCACAAUUUAUGGAGUUGAAAUUAAAAUUUUAAAAGUACAAACCAAAGCUCAGUGUGCAUCUCAAUGCAUAAGUACAGAAGAAUGUAACACCUUUGCUAUACGUAAGAAUACACCACCACCAUUUUAUUGUGGAUUGUUCAAAGGAAAUCUUGAUACCAAUCAUUACCACACCAUGGAUCAUGUUGAUUUCGAUUUUUAUGAAACACAGAACAUGUGUACAAUGAAUCCAAUGAUAUGUGAACAUGGAAGUGUGUGUAUUCCAAACUUCAACAACAACACCUACUAUUGCAAAUGGUGUUUUUCACCUUACUAUGGUAAAAAUUGCAAUUUGACAGAUGGUUUGGUCAAUAACACUACCAUACCAGAAGAUAUCCUUACUGGGAAGAAUGCAUCUUGUAAGAGUUUACGAAAAUAUUUUGGCCAACUUCAGCAUCAUGUAGCUUAUGAUACUUAUCCUUGGCGUGAUUGGAGAAUUGUUCGUGUUGUAUGUUCAGGAGGUGGACGUACACGUAUAGCAAAAAUAAAUAACGGCGAACCAAAUCUCGUUUCAACUCUUACAAAGCUAUCAAGUAUUCAAGGAAAACAAAUCAGAAUAAGUACAACGGUGUUAAACGUUCUUUACAAACUCACUCGGUUUAAACGGUUUGUAUUUGCUUGUACAGAAGGCGAUCAGUAUAAAAAUAUCUUAACAAUGGAUACUCCCACUAAAAAUGUGGUAAACAUGUUAAAAUAUUUCAUUGGUGAAUCAAAUGUUAUACCUAAUUCUUGUAAAACAAUCGUAACAGGUGUUUUAGAUUGUGAAGAAAUGAAAGGAAAGAAAUGGUCAACAGAAGGUAUCGACUUUGAAUCCAGGAUAUACAACCAGGUUGUUCGAUAUGCAUCAGAUGCAACAAAAGGAUAUAGUGUGGAAGAUCAUAAAUACGGAUGUUUUAAUCACAUUGGUGAAUAUAAAAGUACCGACACUUAUUCAAUAUGGGUUAUUUAAACGAAGCACAUUGCUUAGAACAGCGAUAUGAAAUGAAACACAAAGAUCAUUAAAAAUAAGUUAAUUACGACAUAAAAAGUCAAGAAACGAAAUUUCGUAUUGGAAGAACUUUCAAUUUAACAUUAAUUUAUCUUAAGUUUAACCUUUAAUUUAUGCAAAAAUUAAAAAUUUAUGCAAAAAUUGAUAACUUAUGCAAAAAUGACUAAUGGAUGAUCUUACAACAAAUCAAACUAGAUCAAAAGUGGGAAAUCACCGAACAUUUAUGCAAAGAUUGUUAUGUUUUAACAUAUAUGUACCAACGAAAUAGUACGCAAUAUAGCUACCAUACAUAAAUCUCAUUCAAUUUGAAUUGAUGAAAAUAGUCAGUGGACCGUGGUAAAAUCUACGGGUUCGCCCUUUAAUACCUCAUUGCGUACGUCUCGUAUUAUUAUAUAGAUAUACAUUUGCAUACACUUUUAGUUCGAAUUACGAAACACUUUGCUGCACGCAUUCUUUUGCAAUAGUGCUCUGAUAAGAAUGUGUGAACCUAAUUUCAAAAAGGUCCUGAAUUUAGCUAGAAAAUAAAAUUGUUUAUGCCUACAAUCUAUGGCUUCCCCUUCGCCCCUCUAUCAUAGAUCCACAUGGUCCUUCAGAAUAUGAAUUUUGAAUAAAAGCAGACUCUUCUCUUUCAUGUCAAUUGAUGCUUCUUCGCUCUGUGACAUUGAAUAUACAACCUUAUCCAGAAAAUUAACAAGGUACAAAAUGAACGGUUACGAAAUGAAAACAUAAGAACUUAAUGCGAAGGCUUAUAACAACUUAGCACGACUUAGCUCAACUUACUUGCAAAAAGCAGUAAAAUAACGCGAAUCAGGAAAUAUGGUCCUUUUAUUCUGAGAAUAGGUUUAUUCACUAGCAGUUUCUCUUCUGUCCUUCAAAAGGUUUAGCUAAAGUAUCAAUUGCCCUAGGUCCUGCCUUAAUGAAGGUUGGUUAGUGUACCGUAUCAGGAUAUUUCUUUGCUUUAAUCUCACAACAUGCAUGUGUGUGAAAAACCUAUAUUUUUAUUACAGGUUUUAAGUUAAUUUUUAAUGUUCUUUAACGUCAUGGAUAUCUACGUUAUACUUUAAAGGGGACUCGAGGUAUUGAACUUAUAUUAAAAAGCCAUUGGUUCAUCAGCAAAAAAUGAAGAGACCUGGGACGAGCAAAUGAGUGUCAUUAUGGCAAUAUAUUUAAUGGUAAUCAAUUCACCUUUAUGAUAUCUAUGCAUCGAUUGAAUUUAAAUGCAAUUUCC